CUGCCAUGUUGGAUUGUGCGGCCGCCGCCGCCGCCGCUGCCGCCGCCGCGGGAGGAGGGUUGGAGGAGGAGUUGGGAGUUUAGCGCAGUCGCCGGAGUGCGAGGGCAGCGACCAUCCGGCCAGAGCCCAGCCGGGCGGGAGUUGGGAGCUUCCCUUACUCCGCGCGGCCCUCCGUCGGCUCCUCCUUCCCGUGGCCUCCCUCCUCCUCCCCGCGCCGGAGGAGUUGAGCGAGAUGCUGCGCCUCUGACUCCCCUCCUCCCGCCCCUGUCACCGAGAGGGGGGACGAGCGCUCGCCCACUCGCCGGAGGACACGGACCUGGACUCCCAGCCCCGCCGGCGACACCAUGAGCUCCGGCCAGCAGCAGCAGCAGCCGCCGCCGCGGAGGGUCACCAACGUGGGGUCCCUGCUGCUCACCCCGCAGGAGAACGAGUCCCUCUUCACCUUCCUCGGCAAGAAAUGUGUGACUAUGUCUUCAGCAGUGGUCCAGUUAUAUGCAGCAGAUCGGAAUUGUAUGUGGUCCAAGAAAUGUAGUGGCGUUGCGUGUCUCGUUAAGGACAAUCCACAGAGAUCUUAUUUUUUAAGAAUAUUUGAUAUCAAGGAUGGGAAACUAUUGUGGGAACAAGAGCUAUACAAUAACUUUGUAUAUAAUAGUCCUAGAGGAUAUUUUCAUACCUUUGCUGGAGAUACUUGUCAAGUUGCCCUUAAUUUUGCCAAUGAAGAAGAAGCAAAAAAAUUCCGAAAAGCAGUGACAGACUUGGUGGGCCGGCGACAAAGGAAAUCUGAGAAAAGACGAGAACCCCCAAAUGGUCCUAACCUACCUAUGGCAACAGUUGACAUAAAAAAUCCAGAAAUCACAACAAAUAGAUUUUAUGGUUCACAAGUCAACAACAUCUCCCAUACCAAAGAAAAGAAAAAAGGAAAAGCUAAAAAGAAGAGAUUAACCAAGGCAGAUAUUGGAACACCAAGCAAUUUCCAGCACAUUGGACAUGUUGGUUGGGAUCCAAAUACUGGCUUUGAUCUGAAUAAUUUGGAUCCAGAAUUGAAGAAUCUUUUUGAUCUGUGUGGAAUCUCAGAGGCACAACUUAAAGACAGAGAAACAUCAAAAGUCAUAUAUGACUUCAUUGAAAAAACAGGAGGUGUUGAAGCUGUUAAAAAUGAACUACGAAGGCAAGCACCACCACCUCCACCACCGUCCAGGGCAGGGCCUCCGCCUCCUCCGCCCCCUCCGCAUAGCUCAGGCCCUCCUCCUCCUCCUGCCCGAGGAAGGGGCGCGCCGCCUCCACCACCUUCAAGAGCUCCCACCGCCGCCCCUCCUCCGCCACCUCCGUCCAGGCCAGGUGUAGGAGUCCCUCCACCGCCACCCAAUAGGAUGUACCCACCUCCACCUCCAGCCCUUCCUUCCUCUGCACCUUCGGGGCCGCCUCCCCCACCUCCGCCUCUGUCUCUGGCGGGCUCCACAGCGCCACCCCCACCGCCGCCACCUCCGCCACCCCCAGGGCCGCCCCCACCCCCUGGCCUCCCUUCUGAUGGUGACCAUCAAGUUCCAGCUCCUGCAGGAAACAAAGCAGCUCUUUUAGAUCAAAUUAGAGAGGGUGCUCAGCUGAAAAAAGUGGAACAGAACAGUCGACCAGUGUCCUGCUCGGGGAGGGAUGCACUUCUAGACCAGAUUCGACAGGGUAUUCAGCUGAAAUCUGUAUCUGAUGGCCAAGAGUCUACACCACCGACACCGGCACCCACUUCAGGAAUUGUGGGUGCAUUAAUGGAAGUGAUGCAAAAAAGGAGCAAAGCCAUUCAUUCUUCAGAUGAGGAUGAGGAUGAAGAUGACGAAGAAGAUUUUGAGGACGACGAUGAAUGGGAAGACUGAUCUAUAUAUUAUAUAUAUAUUUUUAAGGUGAAGUACUAAACACUACUUUCUGUCUAUGGAUUCUGUAAAAUUAUCAUGUAAAUGUUCUACCAAUUUGCUGUAUAUUUUUGUUGCCUUUUUUGCUUUUUUUUUUUAUUAAUCUGUGCAAUACCUCAUUUACUCUGUAAAGGUUUGUCAUAAUCCUCUACAAAGCUACUCCCUGUUGUUGUGUGCAAGUUUACACCAGGAUGCUCACUGAAUUUGUGAAUAUUUUUCAUUCCAUCAACAAGGGAGUUUAAAUAUAAUAUGUGAGACUGACAAAAACCUUAAUGUAAUUUAGUUAUAAUGCCAGAAGGAAGACACUAUUUUCAUACCCUACUUUUUCUGUACCUAAAUUUUCUUAUUAAGAUCUAGUAUAGCGCUACAUUCUUUUUUAAGUGAUGCAAACCUUAGUUUAGUUAGCCCCUUCGUUUUGAACACAAUGCUAUGUGAAUGUUGAAGCUGAUACAUUGCACAGUUCUCUAGACAUCCCUACACUGAUGCAGUUUCUCAGAUGUUAGCAAUAUGGUCUGCAGAAGUCACUACGGAGAUGCUAGUCGGGGAAAUGGUGACACACCUAUGACAGCAGCAUUGGCUGUUGCUGUGUAGCAGUGGCGUUUGGAGGCUGGAUUCAUAGGAGCCCUUACAUACCUGUACUUGACUGAAGUUACUUUUCUGUGAUAGCAAAUGUGGCAGGCUCUUUUUGGCAAAAAUUUAAGAAAUAUUUUUGGUAUUAUUCUGAAACAAAUGUUACGUAAAGUGUUCGAGUCGGAGCAGCGGUCUUGGGGAUAAUUUUCUUUUAUAUGAAUGAGACUAUACAUUAUGAUUACUUCAAUAUUUAAGUAUGCUAUAGAACAUCAGAACAUUAUAAAAAUAAGAAAUUAAGUAUUUUUAUUUUGCAAUUCAUAUAGAUCAAGGUAUUCAAAAAUAACAACCGAGAAAAUCUAAUCUAGUUGGCAAAGCUAUUCACUGUAAUGUGGAACCUACUAUGCUAUUUGUUUUUAAUUUUUAUAAUUUCUCAAGGUUUUUGUCAAAUGUCAGGUGAAGGGUUAUAUUUGGAACACGUAACUCAAUGAUAGAUU